AUGGACGCCAUCACGGGAGCCUAUAACGCAUUGUUCUUUGAAAGAGCAGACGCUCGAGUCAAGGACUGGUUCUUAAUGACAUCUCCAUGGCCACUAUUUCUCAUAAUCUGCACUUACUUGACAAUUAUAAAAGUGCUUUUACCGAAAUACAUGACAAACAGAGAUGCUUUCAAUCUUAGAACUGUUAUUAAGUGGUAUAAUGUGGUGCAAAUAAUCGGAAAUGCAGUUGCUACUUGGGGGAUAAUGACAUCAGGCUGGACCACGACAUACCACUUUGGGUGUAUGUUACCCGACUAUUCCAUGAACCCUGAAGCUUUAAGAAUGCUGCAUUACCUUUGGUGCACCAUUUUCCUUAAGAUUGCAGAGUUACUGGAGACGGUGUUUUUUAUUCUUAGGAGGAAGGAACGUCAAGCAUCCUUUCUGCAUAUAUACCACCACAUCAGUACACUCAUUAUUAUUUGGUCAGGAGUAAAAUAUGUUGGAGUAGAACUCUCUUAUCUCCGAGUUAAAGAUAGUCUUUUCUGGGUAUAA